ACAAAGAUUUCCUCUCCUGUCUCCCUUCAGCUAGCUUUUAUUCUUUCUAAUGGUGAGUAGAAAGAAAUUUCUGAUCCUUUAUCUUUCUGCUGAACUUGGGAGAUGGAAACGUCUUGAAAACAGUGAUGUGAGUGAAUUUAAUGCAUUUUUUUUCUGUGUAUUUACAGAUGGGGCAUGAGUGGGUUUGGUUGGAUUCAGAGCAAGACUAUCCCAAUGACUCUGAGCUGAGCAACGACUGCAGGUCCCUCUUCAGCUCAUGGGAUUCCAGUCUGGAUCUUGAUGUGGGAAGCUGGAGAGAAACAGAGGAGCCAGGGGCUGAGGAACUAGAGGAAAGCAGCCCAGGGAGAGAACCUAGUGAGCUGCUUGUGGGGGACGGAAGCAGUGAGGAAUCUCAGGAAGAGGCAGAGCAAGUCAGCUGCCAGAAUCUGCUCCACUUUCUUUCUGAGGUAGCUUAUUUAAUGGAGCCACUGUGCAUUAGCAGCAAAGAAUCAAGUGAAGGUUGCUGCCUUUCGUCUGGUGCCAAACAACAGGAGGGAAGGGAAAUUGAAGCUACUGAAGGAGAAGAACCAUGUAGAGAGCCCGGACAGCUUUCAGCCUGGGUAGACACCUUAGUAGCUAAGAAGUCACUGGGAGAAGAUGGAAGGCCAGAGGUGGCUCCAGCUCCCUCAGAUGUUUGUGCACUUCAGCAACUACGCACAGAGAGUGAAGAAGGGAAGGUUCAGCAAGAAUCCAAAGAGGAGGACAAGGGUGAAGGGUAUGUGUCAGAGUUGGAAGACCAGCCCUGUUCAGGUGAGUGUGAUGAUGGCUUCAGCAUUCAGGAGACUCCUUUGGUGGAUAUCCUUUUCAGCCGUGCUACCUCCUCAAAGUCGUCUGAUCUAGGGCAGAGUGACCCUGUUCAGGAUCACUUGCUAUUUAAGAAGACUCUCUUGCCAGUCUGGAAGAUGAUUGCCAGUCACAGGUUCAGCAGUCCUUUUCUGAAGCCUGUAUCAGAAAGGCAGGCCCCAGGAUACAAGGAUGUGGUGAAAAGACCCAUGGACUUAACUAGCCUGAAAAGGAAUCUGUCUAAGGGACGGAUUCGUACCAUGGCUCAGUUCCAGAGAGACCUGAUGCUGAUGUUCCAAAAUGCUGUGAUGUACAAUGACUCUGAUCAUCAUGUGUACCAUAUGGCUGUGGAGAUGCAACGAGAAGUCUUGGAGCAGAUUCAGGUGCUGAGUGUUUGGUUAGACAAAAGAAGAGACUUAAAUAGUAUGGAAUGAGAACCAGCCAAGCCUGUGGAUGUUGGAAAACCUCUUUUGUUAACCAGGAACUGCUAUCCUGACCUUUUCUGGAUUUGGGACCUCUUAUUGAUAGUUACAGAAGAUCCCAGUACUUGUUUACCAGUUCUCUGUUGUCUUUUCUAAUAAGAAAAAUGCCUUAAUUCACAACCAAGGAGUCAAAGGUGCCUGUGGACAUAACAUAAAACAGGGAAAGCUGAGAUUUGGGGCUAAGCCAUAAAUGUUGCCCACAGCUUUGUUCCAUAGGCUUUAUUUAGAUGUAACUAAAUUAAACGUCUUAUAACUGCUCUGUAAAUAAAUGUUAUUUCACAAGUUAUAGGUUGCUUUUUAAUGAUUACAGAAUCUUGUAUUAAAGGACAGUAUCUGGUGGAAUGAGUAAGGUACUUGAUUUGGGUUUCUUACAUAUACUGUCUGCAGUUGGAUGGUGUAGGAUGAAGCGAGAGUGUCUAUGAUUUGUCUCCGUAUUUAUAAAGUUGAGAUAAUUGAAGCAUUCUUCAAAUGGCUAGGAGGGUGAAAUAAGAUGAAAAUGUUAGAAAACAUCUAGUGCUCUUAAGAUUCCCAAGGGGGAAUAAAGAUGCCUGUAGGCUGGCAUGCUCUGUUGGAUAAAAGAAACCAGCCACAGCAAUUUCUUACUUGACACAUCCCCAAAGGCAAGGGAAUUAAAAGCAAAAAUGAACUAUUGG